AUGAAGUAUGUCCCACCUGCUUAUUGUGAUGUAAAGAAAAAGGAGUUUUUGAAUCUAAGGCAACGAGGCAUGUCUAUUGCUGAAUACGAACAGAAGUUUUUAAGACUCUCUUGCUAUGCUGGAGAUAUUAUUAAAGAGGAAAAAGACAAGUGCAGGAAAUUUGAAGAUGGUUUAAAUGAUUCCAUUAUGAAGAAUGUGGCGAUCCUGCAACAUAAGAACUUUUAUUUUGGGGGUCCAUCAAAAAGGGGAAGGUUUGAUAAUUCUAAGGCUGAUAGUGAUAACAGACCACCGCAACAAAAGCAAAACAUAUCAGAUUUUUCUACAGCUAGCACUCCAAAUUAUAGCCAAGGCAAGCCUCGUGUUCCCACUUGUACGCAAUGUGGAAAGAAUCAUUAUGGUACUUGCAGGAGAGCUUCUGGUGCAUGUUUCAAUUGUGGGAGCUUUGAUCAUAAAGUGAAGGACUGCCCUAAUCCUAAUAAUGCUUCUUCCUUGAAAAUUGAAGGCUCGGUUCAUAAGCCUUCUAUUAAUCCUCCUCAAACUAAUAGAGGUGCAAGACCUAAAAACACCCAAGCAGCAUGUACAAGUGGAGUUAAUCAAGUUAGUGGACAAAGGACUACUGCACGCGCUUAUGCUAUGAGGCACAGGGAUUAG